UAUGAAUGAGGGGCCAUCAUCCCGGCGGCUCGGAGGUGGAAAAUACAAUUUAAAGACUCUAUACAUGCAUUUAAAAUGAACCACCUGGGUUUUCUGACAGGUACCUGAGCGACGUUUCAAUGUCAUUUCAUCUCGUUGUUGGGCUUCUUUGGAUACUCCUUUUUGCUUAUUGUCUUCCACUUCAAAUAUUCCCCAGGACCACAACAGACCAAUGCCUUAGUUGUGACAUCACUCAGAAAACAUACCUUCGCUCUAUUCAUAUAGUUUCCCUAAUUCCAUAGUAGGAAUUCAGGCCCAUCACCCACUUCAUCUUCACACCUCUCCUCCCCUUUUUGACUUAGCAUCAAGUUGAAAAGGUCACAGGUCACUCAAGUCUGCUCAAAACAAACACAAGCCAUCAUGUCUUCCAUCCUUCCCUUCACUCCCCCCGUUGUGAAACGUCUCCUCGGCUGGAAGAAGACUCCGACGGGCAGCGGAGGAGCGGGAGGCGGAAUCGGAGGAGUCGGGGAGCAGAACGGAGGAGGACAGGAGGAGAAAUGGUGCGAAAAAGCUGUGAAAAGCCUGGUGAAGAAGCUCAAGAAGACGGGGCAGCUGGAUGAGUUGGAGAAAGCCAUCAGCACACAGAACAGCAACACAAAGUGUGUCACCAUUCCCAGCAACUGCUCAGACCUUUGGGGUCUAGGCUCAGGCCACACGAUAGAGCAGUGGGACUCUGCUGGCAUGUACGGAUACCCUGACCACAGCAGGUCACUGGACGGCCGUCUCCAGGUGUCCCACCGCAAAGGCCUGCCCCACGUCAUCUACUGCCGCCUGUGGAGAUGGCCCGACCUACACAGCCACCACGAGCUGCGGGCCAUCGACACGUGCCAGUACGCCUUCAACCUCAAGAAGGACGAAGUGUGCGUCAACCCCUACCACUACCAGAGAGUGGAGACGCCCGUCCUGCCUCCGGUGUUGGUACCACGGCACUCGGAGAUCUUAACAGAACUUCCGCCUCUAGACGACUUCACAAAUUCCAUCCCCGAAAACACCAACUUCCCCGCGGGCAUAGACCCUCCCAAUAACUAUAUACCAGACACUCCUCCUCCUGGAUACAUGAGUGAAGAUGGAGAAACCAGCGACCAGCAAAUGAAUCAAAGUAUGGAAUCAGGCUCACCAGCAGAAAUGUCACCAAGCACCCUGUCGCCCGUCAGUCAUGGCCUUGCCUACUACGAGCUGAACCAGCGGGUGGGGGAGACAUUCCACGCCUCCCAGCCGUCCCUGACUGUGGACGGCUUCACCGACCCCUCCAACUCGGAGCGCUUCUGCUUAGGCCUCCUCAGCAACGUCAACAGAAACGCAACCGUUGAGAUGACCAGGAGACAUAUAGGACGUGGCGUCAGGUUGUAUUACAUCGGCGGGGAGGUUUUUGCCGAGUGCCUCAGCGACAGUGCCAUUUUCGUCCAGAGUCCCAAUUGUAACCAGCGAUACGGCUGGCACCCGGCCACAGUCUGCAAGAUACCGCCAGGCUGCAAUCUGAAGAUUUUUAACAACCAGGAGUUUGCGGCUCUGCUGGCUCAGUCGGUUAAUCAGGGCUUUGAGGCGGUGUACCAGCUGACCAGAAUGUGUACAAUCAGAAUGAGCUUCGUCAAGGGCUGGGGAGCGGAGUACAGGCGCCAGACGGUCACCAGCACCCCUUGCUGGAUCGAGCUGCAUCUCAACGGCCCCCUCCAGUGGUUGGACAAGGUGCUGACCCAGAUGGGCUCCCCGUCGGUGCGCUGCUCCAGUAUGUCCUAAACAGGGUUCCCAGAAAAUCCAGACAUUUCACAACACGUACCAGUUUGUCCCUAAAGGAGACCACCAUGCAGUCUUAAACGAUGUACUAACGGCAUCUUAAAAACACAACAGCGGACCCAGGGGACAAGAGAUAGGCAUCACACCAACCAACUGUGGAAUGUUUUAACAGUGACGGGGGUCAGUUGACCUGAACACCCUCCUUUUUGUUCUGUCGGACCCACAUCACACUGACUUUCUAGUUGUUACGGACUUAAUAAUUUAAAUCGACCUGCAAUACCCAAACAGCGAGAGAGAUGUCAUGAAGGACAAGCCGACAUCCGGGCUCUGAACGAGAAACAGAGCCUUUUCUGUCGCCCUUUGAGCUCCCGGGCACGUUGCUCGGAACUUUCAGAGCAGCCUGUCCGGUCAUCAGUUCAGCCGGACUCUUCACUACCGAUUUACCACAGCACAACUCCCGAGUGUCAAUCUCUCUUCUUUUGUUUACACGAGGCGGACCAACAGUAGUACUGCCACCCCGGGCUUAUGUUUAACCACAGUCCACUUCCCGCCUGGGCAUGACUCCCGAUUAUUAUCUUUAUACUUAUUUUAUUUCUAUUUUUUCUCCUGGUUUUGGUGACCAAACAUCCAUUCCCCAUUUGACAUAUUCCACCUUCUCUCCUUGUCAUUUCUGCAUUGUUGUGAUCACAUACUGGGCUACACUGGAUGGUCUUAAGGGGAGAAAUGAUUCAACUAACUCCAUGUUCACAGGGCUCCAUGCAAUCAGACGCAAAGCAAACGCAGAAACUCUUAGUUCUGACGCAACAACGGGUUUCUUCUAUAUAGUAGAUUUAAGUGGGACCUGUCUUGACCAAGAGUUAUAGUGGAACAUAGCGGAAACAAACUCCUUUUUGUUUUUUUUCUCAUGUGAGACUGUUUUUAAAAAAAAUUGAAAUCAAAAUAUAAUAGUUUGAUCAGCAUAAACACCAAAAUUAAGUUAUCAGAGAGAUAAGGCGAGCGUACAAAAACAUGUCAGCCCUCUGGAAAAUAACUGAAUCCUUUUUGAAUGCUUAGGAGCUUUCCACCUCUUGUUUUUAAAGCAAAAUUGCAUUUCGCCUCUCUGCAUGCUCUCUUCCACACCCACUAUUAGCCAAACUCUUUUUGUGGGACAUGGAGAUGGACAGGAUUAAGGCUGACCCAACCCCCCCCAAAGCUUCAAAUUUUGCCUUCCUCAGUUUGGUAGACGAUAAUACUCGUGGCUGCGAUCCCACAUACGAUGAAAAUGCACAAGUCUUCUAGAACUAAUGCACACUUUUGCAAUUAUUGACAGUUUAUCAAUAGGAAAAAAGUCCUACAGACUUUAAAUAAUAGUUUCUAUACUUUACUUGCACUGCCCCAAAUUAUGCACCCCACCCCCCAAAGAAAGUUGCCUUUGAUGUAAAAUACGAUGUGCAGACAGGAAUGCUGAAAAUCCAUUUAUUAUUGAGGUAAAAAUUCACUUUCACGCCUCCAUAUUUUAGAGUAUCCACUGUAAAGAUUCUGUGUGUUAAUCAGGUUGUUAAAGAGUGUCCGAUGUACGCCUUUGAUUUGAAUGAGAUUUCCGAUCUGAAAACCAGCUUGUACAUUAGUAUUUUAGAAUAAAGUAUUCAAGCUUUAAGUGUUCAAGCAGUUAGUUAAUGCACAUGUAUUUUCUUUAUGCAAUGUUUUUACCUACAUGUUUGUGUUGGGUUUUUUUCUCAACUUGGUAUGAUUCCUUUUCUUUUUUUUUUUUUGUAACAUCCUCUCGGAGGGAUUGAGCUGGAUUGGUGACUUGUCAUAUUUAUGUCGCACAGAACAUAUAGGUUUCACAGUUUACCCCUGAAAAUAUUAAUAAAUGACUGAGGAGCUUUGAAAGUUACCAUCUCUGCUCCUUCAAACUCAGAAUUGCCUUUAAAAUCUUGUGUAGGGUGAUGAAGAUUAAUCUGAGCGGUCAUUUUACAUCUAAGGGGUGUUAAGAAAAAAAGCCGAUUAAACGUACUUCAUUUUAUUUAUCGGCCCGUUAUUCACAGCGUUUUUUUUUUUUUUUUGGAAGGGUUUGGUUUGAUGAAUGACUCCACAAG